AACGGAAAACUCUAAAGUCAAGCGAAAUUGCGUACCGAAGUGCACCCAUGUGCUGACAUGGAUCAAUUUAAUGAAACAAAUCGUUUUUGAUUUUACGUGAAGGAGCUGAAGUUUGGGUGGGAUCUGAAGAUAAAUAAAAAAUUUUGACAAAACGCACAGUUUUGAACGAAGGGCACAGUCUUCGUGCCCUCUCUCUUCUCUGGUUUUUUUCCCUCUGCGUGCGUGCCUUCUCUCUUCUCCGCGUGCCUCCUCUGCUCCGCGUGGCUUCUCUUCAGGUAUCGAUUUUCUUCUCUCUUCCACCUAAAAGCUUCCAUUUUUCGUUUAACCCCCAUUUUUUGGUCCAAGCCCUAAUCUUCUCCGUGUGCCUUCGUUGCGGCUCUUCCCCGCGAACACAGCUGCAUCCACUGGGAAACUUAAGGUUUGUGGAAAAGAUCCAAGGUAUAAAGUCUUGAGUUGGUUGGGGAAAGAGAGAAUUCGGACUUAAUCAAGUUACUUCUUUUUUUGGUUUGCGCUAAAACCAAAUCAAUUGAAAUGAGUGUGGUGGGAUUUGAUAUUGGAAAUGAGAACUGUGUUAUUGCCGUGGUGAAGCAAAGGGGUAUUGAUGUUUUGUUGAACGAUGAAUCGAAACGUGAAACCCCAGCUGUGGUAUGUUUUGGGGAGAAGCAACGGUUUAUGGGAUCUGCUGGUGCUGCUUCUGCAUUGAUGAACCUGAAUCCACAAUAUCUCAGGUCAAAAGACUAAUUGGCAGGAAAUUAUCAGAUGUGGAUGUGCAGAACGAGCUAAAAAAGCUGCCUUUUGAAACUUCUAAAGGUCUGGAUGGUGGCAUUUUGAUUCAUUUGACGAACCGGGGUGAGAGCCAUACCUGUACACCAGUGCAAAUUCUGGCAAUGCUCUUUGCUCAUUUGAAAGAGAUAAUAGAGAAACGUUUGGAAAUGCCCAUUUCAGAUUGUGUAAUCGGGAUCCCAUCAUACUUUACGGACUUGCAAAGAUGUGCAUAUUUGAAUGCUGCGACAAUUGCUGGGUUAAAGCCUUUGAGAUUGAUGCAUGAUUGUACUGCUACUGCACUUAGUUUUGGAAUUUAUGAAACAGAUUUCCCCAGCUCUGGACCAACUUACACUGCAUUUGUUGACAUUGGUCAUUGUGACACCCAGGUCUCUAUUGCAUUAUUUGAGGCUGGACAUAUGAGGAUAUUAUCACAUACUUUUAACAUAAGCUUGGGAGGACGAGACUUUGAAGAAGUUUUGUUUACUUAUUUUGCUUCAAAAUUUAAAGAGCAUUACGGUAUUGAUGUGUACUCUAAUAUCAAGGCAUGUAUCAGGCUGAGGGUAGCAUGUGAAAACUAUAGUUGCUUAUAAUAAUAACUUAUAAGCAACUAUGGUUUUCCUUAAACAAAGACAAGAUCACUUGAAUCCAUUGUAAAAUUCUGGAAAAAACAUUGUUGUCCAUUAGGCCAACAGGUCAGUCAUUUACUAGCAAUAAA